GCCCGCCUACCCCGCGCCGCGCCUCAGGGGCUGCUGCUGCUCCCGCCGCAGCCCUCCCGCUGCCGCCGCAGGCCUGGCCCCGGGCGGCGGCGGCGGCUCCCGCCAUGGUGCGGUGCGGAGGGGCGGUGCUGCGGAAGUAUGGCAACUUUAUAGAUGAUGUACGGCUUUAUGUGAGAGGAGGAGCUGGUGGAAUGGGUUAUCCUCGUCUAGGUGGGGAAGGAGGGAGAGGUGGAGAUGUCUGGUUUGUUGCCCAAGAAAGAAUUACUUUAAAGAGCAUAAAGGACAGAUAUCCCCGGAAACGAUUUGUAGCUGGAACAGGAGCCAACAGCAGUGUUAAAGCACUAAAAGGUGAAAAAGGAAAAGACUGUGAAGUUCAUGUGCCUCUGGGAAUUUCAGUUCUUUGUGAUAAUGGCAAGCAGAUUGGAGAGCUUAAUGCACCAGGAGAGAGAUUCUUAGCAGCUCGCGGAGGUCUUGGAGGCUCUUUGGCCACAAACUUCGUGCCUUUCAAAGGUCAGAAGCGCAUUGUUCGUCUUGAUUUGAAACUUAUAGCAGAUGUUGGCUUAGUUGGGUUUCCAAAUGCAGGCAAAUCAUCCUUGUUAAGCAAGAUUUCUCAUGCCAAACCCGAGAUUGCGAAUUAUGCGUUUACAACAGUACAGCCUGAACUAGGAAAGAUCAUGUAUGCAGAUUACAAGCAGAUUUCAGUAGCCGAUCUCCCAGGACUGAUUGAAGGCGCACAUGCAAACAAAGGGUUGGGACACAAAUUUCUGAAACAUGUAGAAAGAACCAAACAGCUUCUCUUAGUUGUUGAUAUUUCUGGCUUUCAACUGUCUAUUAACACUCAGUUCAGAACGGCCUUUGAAACUAUAUUGCUUCUAACAAAGGAACUGGAGCUGUACAAAGAGGAACUUCUAACAAAACCUGCACUUCUUGCCAUUAAUAAAAUGGAUUUGCCUUGUGCAAAGGAUAACUUGAAUGAACUUAUGAAACAGUUACAGAAUCCUCAAGACUUCUUACACUCACUACAGGAAGAAAGGAUUCCUGCAAAAAGACUUGAAUUCAAAGAUCUAAUUCCUAUAUCUACAUAUACUGGAGAAGGAAUUGAGGAACUAAAAGAAUGUAUAAGAAAAUCCAUAGAUGAAGAAGCAGAGCAGGAGAAUGAAGAAUAUCGGAAAAAGAAACUACUACUUUUACAAACUUCAGAAGAACAAAUAAGCAGAAGCUAGCAUUCUUGGCUGAAUCCAAUGUAUUUUAAUAUUUUUAGUAUGUACAUGAACCCAUUGCUAUGCAGACCUCCCAUUUAAUUUUUGUUCCCUCUACCACUACUGCCCAGUUCUCUGCUCCCUCACUUUGUCUUAAUUUCUUCUGGCAAUAGGGUAGAUCACAGUGGGGAAAAUAAAAUGUUUUUUCUGAUUUUA